AUGGGUGACACCGCAAAUGGAGGCGCAGGUGCUUCAACUCCUAUCACCGUCGAGUUCACUGGUGGCCUCGAGCUGCUAUUUGGAAACGAACGAAAGCAUAAAGUCGCACUUCCCGCUCGACUCGACGAUGGGAGCCAGCCGAAUAUCGCAUACCUGCUGCAUUACCUGGUGGACAAUUUGAUGAAAGAUCAAAGGAAGGAAAUGUUUAUUAUGGAAGACAAUGUGCGACCAGGGAUUCUUGUUCUCAUCAAUGACGCCGAUUGGGAACUUGAAGGAGAGGAAACAUAUGAACUCCAGCCCGGAGAUAAUAUUGUCUUUGUCUCAACGCUACAUGGAGGCUAG